GGGAAAGGACACCGAGCUGAGUUUACAAAGAUCAAAUGAAGGAAAUCCAAUAUUUUCUUGCUUGAAAAGGGGUGUUUAGUUCAGCUUGAACCUGUUCUAGACUGGUCGAACCAGUUUUCAACAGUGGCAGGUUGUUUUCCCGCUUGAAAUCAGGAAGUAAAAGUCGGAUAGUGUGCUGUAGGUGCGUUUCCCAGUCUGACAGCGAGGAAGGAAUAUCAGAUCAUCAGAUUGAGCCGUUGAACAUAAAAAUGCCCGCGGAGGACGGUGCUUACAAAAAGAGCGGCGAGCCCAAAAAAUUUGACCCAGAGUUCAAAGGACCCAUCCACAACAGAGGAUGCACAGACAUUAUUUGCUGUAUCUUCUUCAUCGCGGCCGUAAUAGGCUACGUUGCAGUGGGAAUAUUGGCCUGGACUCACGGUGACCCAAGGAAGGUGAUCUACCCCACAGACAGUAUGGGACAGUUCUGUGGCCAGGGAAAACUGGAGAAGCAGCCCUUGUUGUUCUACUUCAACAUGAUGAAAUGUGCCACUCCCGUCGUCUUCCUAGAGUUCCAGUGUCCCACGCCGCAGGUGUGUGUAGAAAAAUGUCCUGAUCGCACUAUGACUCUAGUAACCGCCGUUAGAAACGCAGAAGACUGGAAAUAUUACAAAACGUACUGCAGAGAAGACCCAGGGAAUAAGAAAGCGCAACAAAUUUUACACGAAAAGCUGUGCCCUUCAUAUCUGAUUUCCAGCAAACCAUUUUUGCAGCGAUGCUUUCCAUCUCUGGGGAAAAAGGGAGAUGCCAUCACAGUGGGUGAUCAAGAAAAAUUUAAUGAUGGAGUCGACAUAAGAGAAGCAAAAGACCUGGUGGCUGGAAUGAAGAACAUUACAGUAGUCAUGGAAGGGCGUCAAGUUGCAAUGAAGAUCUUUGAGGAUUACACAAAAUCUUGGUACUGGAUCCUAAUUUGUUUGGUGAUUGCUGUGGUGCUGAGUCUGAUCUUCAUUGUUCUUCUGCGUUAUCUGGCUGGAAUCAUGGUGUGGGUCAUGAUCAUCUUGGUCAUCGCUGUCGUUGCCUAUGGUAUUGCUCACUGCAGCAUGAAGUAUGUCAAUCUGAAGGACAUGCCUGGUGCUAAUAUCACCCUACAGCAGCUGGGCCUCCAGCCCAAUUUCUCCGUCUACCUGCACAUCAGACAGACCUGGCUGGCCUUCAUCAUCAUCUUGGCUAUUUUGGAAGUCAUCAUCAUCAUUCUCCUCAUCUUCCUCAGGAACCGAAUCCGAAUCGCUGUUGAGCUCAUGAAGGAGGCCAGCAGGGCCGUCGGUCACGUGAUGUCAUCGCUGUUCUACCCUAUUUUUACCUUCUUCCUCUUGACCAUAGUCAUCGCGUUCUGGGGCGUCACUGCAGUUUUCCUCGCUACAUCCAGUGAACCUGUUUAUAAAGUUUUCAAUGAAACAGAUUGUCUACAUUCAAGACAAACCUGCAACCCUGAGAACUUCAGUCUUUCUGCUGUGAAGACAGCCUGUCCACAGUCUGAGUGCCUGUUUGCUUUCUAUGGUGGCGAAACGCCAUAUCACAAAUACCUGAUCUUCCUUCAAUUCUACAAUGUUUUCCUGUUCUUCUGGUGUGCAAACUUUGUCACUGCUCUGGGUCAGAUGACUCUGGCAGGGGCAUUUGCAUCUUACUACUGGGCUCCUAAUAAACCCAAUGACAUGCCCGCUUUCCCGCUGUGUGCUUCUCUGGGCAGAUCCCUCAGAUAUCACACAGGCUCCCUGGCAUUUGGUUCUCUCAUCCUCUCCAUCGUCCAGAUUAUCAGGGUUCUGCUGGAGUAUAUUGACCACAAACUCAAAGGAGCAGAGAAUAAAUUUGCCAAGUUCUUGUUGUGCUGUUUGAAAUGCUGCUUCUGGUGCCUAGAGAAGUUCAUCAAGUUCAUUAACCGGAACGCCUACAUUAUGGUGGCAAUAUACGGUAAAAACUUCUGCCGAUCAGCACGUGAUGCCUUCUUCCUCCUCAUGAGAAAUGUAGUCAGGGUGGUUGUCCUGGAUAAGGUCACUGAUUUCAUCUUAUUCCUUGGAAAACUCCUUAUCGUGGGGCUUGUGGGGAUCUUUGCUUUCUUCUUUUUCUCAGGACAUACAGAUGCGUUUAAGGGUGCCACACCCAGUCUCCAUUACUACUGGGUUCCUAUUUUGACUGUGUUGGUGGGCACCUACCUCAUUGCACAUGGGUUUUUCAGCGUUUACGCCAUGUGUGUGGACACACUCUUCCUCUGCUUCUGUGAAGACCUUGAGCGUAAUGACGGCUCCGCGGCACGACCGUAUCACAUGACCGCAGGGCUGCGCGACAUUCUGCUGAAGGACGCGGAUGCGGCUCAGACCCCUACUUCACGUGACGAGAUGCUGCAGCUGACGGCUUCAGAGAAAACAAUGAAAAACUGAUGAAAAUGACGCAGAAUAUGUAAUCAUAUGUGGAAGUAUAAUCUCAUUUAGUGUAUUUAGAGACUGAAUGGUCAAAAGUUUCAGUCAUACCUGAAAUGAUUGAAUAUUCAUUCAGUUGUCGAGCAUUUAAUAAUUGUAUGUUAAGGGAAUAAAAGGACUGUCAGGGAAAACGAUCUUGAGAAUGACAUGCAAAACAUUUUAUUUUACAAUAAUGUGAUAUUUCUCCAAGUCAAACAGGAUAUUAAAGGUGACUUAUUAUGCCCUGUAAAAUAAGUCUCUGAUGUCCCCAGAGUGUGUAUGUGAAGUUUUAGCUCAAAAUACCCAACAGAUGUUGAGGUUUGAGCCAAAACGUGCUAUUUUUGUGUUUGUCCCUUUAAAUGCAAAUGAUGGUGCUCCUGGCCCUCUUUUCAGAAGAGGGCGGAGCUUCAUGAGCCAGAAAAAAAAAAAAAAAAAAAACAGGCCAAUCUCACGCUCUGAAAAUGUCAGAAACUCUCAGUAGUGGUGUUUAGCCUUGUAUGUUGGAACCGGAAUCAGUUUAAAAGUCAGUUAUCUGAUUGUACUGUGCAUAAUAAAUUACACCGAUCGGGAGCACGGCACAAUAUAAAUAACAACAUAGCCGGGCUCAUGGUGCCAUCGAGUGCUAUCUCAAACUUUAUAACUCCCACUUAUGAUUAUGAGCUUAACAAAUUCAAGCAGUCGACUUUACAUUGCUUCCAUAUGCAAUUUUUAACUACCAUAUUCCUAUUUACCAUCAUUCUGGUGGCACGUGAAGGCAGCAUUAACCUUACAGAGUACCAAGAAGCUCUUCCAAAAAUGCAGUUUGAUACUUACUUUGUCUGGAGCUGACAUUUGCGCACAAAGCGUUGAUAUUGAUCCCGUAACAUAUAAGGGACUUUACCGAUUUUUUUCCAGGACAUUUCUUUCGAAAGUGAAAUUUAACCGCAGUGUGCUCAGUGGCUCAGAUUGAGGGAGUCUAUGGAGACUCCUAUGUUUGUUGGUGCAUACCAAAACACAACACUUGUAAUGCCUCUUUGGCGCUGACAUUUUAUAUCUCCAGUAAUGGCGAGUGCUGCUUCUCACUCAGGGCUGUGUCUAU